ACAGAUGUAAACCGCCUCGUUUCAACUCCUCACAGCUCUGUAAGUUAUUUCGGCGGAACCUGGUCGAGCGGGGCUUGUCUUUGCGUCAGAGAGAAAUCCCUUAUCGAUUGGCUGCUCCUUGUGCAACGAGGAGGCGUAUAAAAUAGACACUUUUAAGGAAUUUCACAGACAUUUAGUGGGUUACACGGCUUGGAGGUGGACUGAAAGAUUCUUCCGUACAAUUUUUAGUCAAUCUCAAGUGAAGAGCAUGCAGAGCUGCGCUAAAUCCUGGCGUGUUGUCAUCAGCAGGUCGAUCAACGCUCGCGCGCCUUACAGAAAUAUCAGCAAUAAAGGGGAUGUUUUUAAUAAACUUCAAGUUUUAAACGCAGAUGUGUCUGCAAAUGUGCGCUGUAUGGGAACCUCACAAGUUUUGUGGUCUAGGAAGAUAGAACGAAUUUUGCCGAGACAUGAUGAUUUUUCAGAAAGACACAUUGGACCGGGUGACAAAGAGAAAAGAGAGAUGCUCAAUACCCUUGGACUUGAGUCAGUCGCUCAGCUUAUCGAAAGCACAGUUCCCGCAUCCAUCAGCCUGGGAAGAAGUUUGAAAAUGGACGAUCCUGUGUGUGAGAAUGAAAUUCUUGAUUCGCUUCAAAAGAUUGCAUCGAGGAACAAGAUGUGGAGGUCCUAUAUUGGAAUGGGUUAUUAUAACUGCUCGGUCCCACCAGUCAUACAAAGAAAUCUGCUUGAGAAUUCGGGAUGGUUGACCCAGUACACCCCCUACCAGCCUGAGGUCUCUCAGGGGCGUCUGGAGAGCCUGCUGAAUUAUCAGACCAUGGUCUGUGACAUCACGGGAAUGGCAGUAGCUAAUGCAUCACUGCUGGAUGAGGGCACUGCUGCUGCUGAAGCCAUGCAGCUCUGCAACAGGCAAAGCAAAAGAAGAAUUUUCUACAUUGACCCACGCUGCCAUCCACAGACUAUUGCAGUUGUGCAAACCAGAGCCAAUUACAUUGGUGUGAAGACUGUUCUCAAGCUUCCUCAUGAGAUGGACUUCAGUGGGAAGGAUGUUAGCGGUGCGCUCUUCCAGUAUCCAGACACUGAAGGCAGAGUGGAAGAUUUCACUGCACUUGUUGAUCGGGCACACAAGGGUGGUGCACUGGCUUGCUGUGCCACAGACUUGCUGGCGCUCUGCAUGUUGCGUCCUCCGGGUGAGUUUGGCGUUGACAUCGCCUUGGGCAGCUCACAGCGCUUCGGAGUACCUCUUUGCUAUGGUGGGCCUCAUGCUGCAUUCUUUGCAGUCAAAGAAAAUCUGGUUCGGAUGAUGCCAGGAAGGAUGGUUGGAGUGACCAGAGAUGCGGCUGGUAAAGAGGUUUAUCGUCUGGCUCUCCAGACAAGAGAGCAGCACAUCCGCAGGGACAAAGCCACCAGCAACAUCUGCACUGCCCAGGCUCUUCUUGCAAACAUGGCCUCCAUGUUUGCGUUGUAUCAUGGUCCACAAGGAUUGAGGCACAUUGCAGAGAGAACCCACAAUGCAACGUUGAUUCUCUCUGAGGGCAAGUUUACUUUUUUGAAUCCUGUUUUUUUUUUUUUUUUUUUCUUUGUUUUUUUUUUUUUAAUAAGAAAUGUUAUGGCACUGAAUGUUAUUUUCAUUGUUGUAAAAGGACUAAAAAGAGCUGGGCACAAACUCCAACAUGAGAACUUCUUUGACACGCUGAAGAUCAACUGUGGUGUGGCCGGCAAGGACAUUUUGGAAAAAGCUAUGCAGCGGGAGAUCAACCUGCGGGUGUACAGUGAUGGACUGCUCGGAGUGUCUCUGGAUGAAACGGUCACUGAGAGAGACUUAGAUGAUCUGCUCUGGAUCUUCGGUUGUGAGUCCUCAGCUGAGCUUAUUGCUGAGAAAAUGAGUGAGCGAACAAAAGGACUGAUGGCAAGCCCUUUCAAGAGGACUAGCAAGUUUCUUACCCAUCAAGUGUUUAACAGUUACCACUCAGAGACCAAUAUUGUACGUUACAUGAAGCGCCUGGAAAAUAAGGAUAUUUCCCUCGUACACAGUAUGAUUCCUUUGGGUUCAUGCACAAUGAAGCUGAACAGUUCCUCAGAGCUCAUGCCAAUCACCUGGAGAGAAUUUGCAAACAUCCACCCUUUCGUGCCACUGGAUCAGGCCGAAGGUUAUCAGCAGCUCUUCAGACAGCUAGAGAGAGACCUUUGUGAGAUUACAGGAUAUGAUAAGAUCUCCUUUCAACCAAAUAGUGGCGCGCAGGGGGAAUAUGCCGGCUUGGCUGCAAUCAAAGCCUAUCUAAAUUCCAAAGGAGAAUCUCACAGAACAGUUUGUCUGAUUCCCAAAUCCGCUCAUGGAACAAACCCUGCCAGCGCUCAGAUGGCAGGAAUGAAGGUUCAGGUGGUGGAGGUGGAUAAAGAUGGCAACAUUGAUGUGUCUCACCUUAAAGCAAUGGUGGACAAACAUAAGGCCAACUUGGCUGCCAUUAUGAUCACAUACCCCUCCACUUACGGUGUGUUUGAGGAGAAUGUGAGUGAAGUGUGUGAGCUCAUCCAUCAGAACGGUGGACAGGUGUACCUGGAUGGUGCCAACAUGAAUGCACAGGUUGGAUUAUGUCGACCAGGAGACUAUGGCUCGGAUGUUUCUCACUUGAAUCUGCAUAAAACCUUCUGCAUUCCUCACGGUGGUGGUGGCCCUGGAAUGGGACCAAUAGGAGUGAAACAACAUCUUGCCCCCUUCCUGCCCUGUCAUCCAGUGGUGAACAUGCAAUCCAAUAAUGCAGGAAGUUCUUUGGGCACCAUCAGUGCUGCUCCCUGGGGCUCCAGCGCCAUCCUGCCCAUCUCAUGGGCUUACAUUAAGAUGAUGGGUUCAAAGGGUCUUGUUCAUGCUACAGAGGUGGCCAUCCUUAAUGCCAAUUACAUGGCUAAAAGACUGGAAAACCACUACAAAAUUCUUUUCAGGGGCACUAAAGGAUUCGUUGCUCAUGAGUUUAUUUUGGAUGUGCGGCCUUUUAAAAAGUCUGCUAACAUUGAGGCAGUUGACGUAGCAAAACGACUCCAAGAUUAUGGAUUUCAUGCACCGACCAUGUCAUGGCCUGUGGCUGGAACUCUGAUGAUCGAACCCACAGAGUCUGAGGACAAGGCUGAGCUCGACCGCUUCUGUGACUCGCUGCUGGCCAUCCGACAGGAAAUCGCAGACAUCGAAGAGGGCCGAAUGGACUCCAGGGUUAAUCCUCUCAAGAUGGCUCCUCACUCACUGGCCUGUAUUACCUCUACCACAUGGGACAGACCUUACUCCAGAGAGUAUGCUGCUUUCCCCAUGCCUUUCGUGAGACCUGAGACCAAGUUCUGGCCCACAAUUUCAAGGAUCGAUGACCUCUAUGGAGACCAACAUCUCGUCUGCACCUGUCCACCUAUGGACGUCUAUGAGUCUCCAUAUGAGGAACGGGCUUCUUCGUGACCUCAUUACUCAAUGAAAUGCUACUUCAUCCAAAUGAACCAUUCCCAUCAAAUAUGAUCAUUUAUUCUUCCCUGUGAUUACGGUUUCUUCGGUACGUUCAUGGUGCCUCAGAUUUCCUAAUGUAUACAAUGCACAAAUAGCUGGCCUCUCCUCUGUUACUCUACUAAAACAAUCCAAAUCUGAUUCGGAUACUGUAAUCCACCUGUAUAGGGGUUCGUUUAUUUGUUCUUUUUAUAUUUUUAUUCACUGUAUAAAAAAAUAUUCCGUGUUUUGGUCUGUUUGUAGGCAUAACUUACUGGCAUUGUUCUCAAUGUUAACAUUCAUUUUAUAGAUGUAAUGUAUGUUUUCUAAUUAUUUAAGGAAUAGAGCCUGUUUGUAGCCAUUUAAUAAAUAUUUUAAAAUGAA